AUGCGGAAUUUAUUGAUUUUUCUAAUAAUUUUUGGAAGCGGGGAUAAUUUGUUGAUCAAUUUGAGGUUAGAUUUUUUUCUAGUCGAGAAAUACUCUAAAAAUAAACUUUAAAAAAGUUGGGCGGCGAUGGGGAUCGAACUUUGGUUUUGCAAACGCUAGGCAGUCGUGCUAACCACUUGGCCAUGCCUCCUUUUUUUCACGUCACAAAAUUUUCUAUUAUUUUCAGCACUGGAAAAAUCGAGGGUGUUCGAAAAACGGUGAAUUAUUCCCCGCUGGGCUCGCAAAAUGCUGUGCAAUUUUUGGGAAUUCCUUUCGCCAAACCGCCGAUUGGAAAAUUGAGAUUUCGAAAACCGGAAAAACCUGGAAAUUGGACGGGAAUUCGAAAAGCUGAUGAAUUUGGAGCGGUUUGUAUGAGCGAUCCGAUGUGAGUGUUUUUUUUUUGAUUUACUAGUUCAAGUUUUAGUUUGAAAAAAAUAUUCGCGAUUUUUUUUUCAUGGAAAAUUACGUUUCAAAAAUUUUUUAUGUUGAAAAUGUUGAUUCGAGACUUGUUGUCAAUAGUGAACAAUAAAAAAAAAAUUUCACUGUUUCAAAAAUUUUAUGAGGUUUUUGGGAGUUUUGAAAUAUUUGAUGUAUUCUCGAUAAAUUUGAUGGAUUCUCGAUAAUUCUCACUGUUUCAAAAAUUGCAUAACCAUUUUUUCAUGUUAAAAAAUUUGAUACGAACGAGACUGAAUUUUCUAAAAAAAAUUUUUACGAAAAUGAAAAUUAAAAAAAAUUAAUUUUUUCACUGUUUCAAAAAUCUUAGGUUUUUGUUGAUUUUAUGAAGUGUUGAAUUAGCUUUCCUUUUCUUUUUAGAAAUUUAUAUCCAAAAUUUUUUGAAAAAAAACUUACUGUUUCAAAAAUAAGUGAAAGCUUUCGAAACUUUCUAACACUUUGAUUUCAUUUGACCAAAACAUAACAACCAGACAAUUUUUUUUUUUGAAAAAAUUACUGUUUCAAAAAAAGAAUUUUCUAAAAAUUUGAUAGAUAAGAUGAACGCACACACACAAAAUUAAAUUGAAAACAUUGUUCCAAAAAAUCCCCCAAUUUUCCAGCGCAACCUACAAAACAACAACCCAAAAACCAGGCUCAAUGUCCGAAGAUUGUCUAUUUCUCAACGUUUUCACCAACGAUUUUUGCCUCAAAACCAAAAAUUGUUCUUUAAUGCUAGCAAUUCAUGGGGGAAGAUUUGAUCAUGAAACAUCUUCGUCUUUGAAUCCCGACAUUUUGAUCAAUAAUUUUGUGGGACAAGAGAGGAAUAUUGUGGUGGUUACGACGAAUUAUCGAUUGGGUAUUUUUGGAUUUGGACAUUUUGGGAAUGGAAAUGGGACGAGUGAGGAGGCAAGCAAUUUUGCAUUGUGGGGUUAG